GCAUUUCCUAAGAGGAGGGAGGAGACCUUGGUGGGGAUAAACAGGCUUUAAUGUGCACUGGGGACAACAACAUGCCAGGCAAGCGGCAACCCUGAACAUCAGGAGUCAGUUAUCACAGAAGCUGGAAGCUGGCUGGAGUAAGCUCUGCAGGUAAUGCCCAGGGACAGAGAAGGAACCUUCCCAGGACUGUGCGCCUGGAGAACAGACAAGAUGGCCUUCAUUGUAGCUCUGGGGCUCGUGAUAACUGGGAUCUGCCCUGGUGUCCUCUGCUUCCCAGAUGGCACAUUAGAAAGAGACACUUUAUUCCAUAAAGACAAAGAAAAUGGGACACAACUCGACAGUCUCACAUUGGCCUCCAUCAACACUGACUUUGCCUUCAGCCUCUACAAGAAGCUGGCUUUGAAGAAUCCAGAUACAAAUAUUGUCUUCUCCCCACUUAGCAUCUCAGCUGCCUUGGCCAUCGUGUCCCUGGGAGCAAAGGGCAACACCCUGGAAGAGAUACUAGAAGGUCUCAACUUCAAUCUCACAGAGACCCCUGAAGCAGACAUCCACCAGGGCUUUGGACAUCUCCUACAGAGGCUCAGCCAUCCAGGGGAGCAGGUACAGAUCAGCACAGGCAGUGCCCUGUUUGUUGAAAAGCACCUGCAGAUUCUGGCAGAAUUCCAGGAGAAGGCAAGGGCUCUGUACCAGGCUGAGGCCUUCACAGCAGACUUCCAGCAGCCUCUCGAGGCCACAAAGCUCAUCAAUGACUAUGUGAGCAAUCAGACCCAGAGGAAGAUCAAGGGACUCAUCUCAGACCUGGAUACGGAUACACUGAUGGUGCUGGUGAAUUACAUCUACUUUAAAGGCAAAUGGAAGAUGCCCUUUAAUCCCCGUGACACAUUUGAGUCAGAGUUCUACUUGGAUGUGAAGAGGUCUGUGAAGGUGCCCAUGAUGAAAAUUAAGACCCUGACCACACCCUACUUCCGGGAUGAGGAGCUGUCCUGCACUGUGGUGGAACUGAAGUACAAAGGAAAUGCCAGCGCCCUGUUCAUUCUCCCUGACCAGGGCAGGAUGCAGCAGGUAGAAGCCAGCUUGCAACCAGAGACCCUGAGGAAGUGGAAGAACUCUCUGAGGCCCAGGAAAAUGGGUGAGCUCUACCUGCCCAAGUUCUCCAUCUCUACUGACUACAGCCUGAAGAACAUCCUUCCAGAGCUGGGCAUUAAAGAAAUCUUCUCCAAACAAGCUGACCUAUCUGGGAUCACAGGAACCAAGGACCUGAUAGUGUCUCAGAUGGUCCACAAGGCUGUGCUGGACGUGGCUGAGACAGGCACAGAAGGAGUUGCUGCCACAGGGGUCAAUUUUCGCAUUCUUAGUAGAAGAACCAGUCUGUGGUUCAACAGGACAUUCCUGAUGGUCAUCUCUCACACAGAUGUUCAGACUACUCUCUUUAUAGCCAAAAUCACUCACCCUAAGAGAGCCUAAAACUCUCCAAGUUCUGAAUAUUCUGCCCAGGACUCUGAGAUGGACCCUAUAUGUGGAUCUCUGUUUACAUCCUGGCAUUCAAGCUCUGAUUGGCUGUUGCAAAGUUGGCUUAGACAGCGACAUUGACUAUCUCCGUGGCUCCCACAUGCACAGAAGACUUUGGACUAUCUGUGUCAGGCUCUCGGGUGUCUUGGGAGCAUCUGUGCAUGUUUCUGAACCUGGAAUCUGCCUUUAUUCUUCUUCCCUGGUGACUCCUCUUUAUGUAUCUGUAUCCCAAACCUAGGCAUUGGCAAAUACACAGAGUUCCAGUAUAGGCUCUGA